AUGAGUAUAAAGGGCAAGUUAUUUUUAUCAUAAAAAGUUGACUUAGGGUAUAAGUCUUAUGAAGACAGUAUACAUCCUACAACCACUAUAGCUGAUACUGGUAGUGAUUUUUAAUUUGAAAGUAAAAUCUAAUAGAGUACUAAUAAAUCUAUUUAAAUGAAACCUUAUUCAUUACAUUCAAUUAGAAAUAUUUUUGAUGGUAAUAUAAUUAUUGUUAUAUAGAGGUUAAAAAUGAAGAAAGGAAGAAAUAUAAAGAUAGUUAAAUUGGACCCAAAUAUGAGGAUGAUAAAAAAGAUAAGGUUGUAAAAUGGUCUAUUGUUGGUAAAGCUGAACAAUUCUUGGCAGUCAGAAAUAAGAAUAGAUAGAGAGUUGUAAUAAAAUAAAGAAAAUAAGAAGGAGAUGAUUCAUUUUCUGAUGAUGUUCCAUCUAUUAAACCUUAAGUCUUAUAACAAUCUUAAUCAUAAAUGUCUGGAAUGGGUUAAUCAAAGAAAAUUCCAAAGAAACCCAGAGGGGAAUUUAAAAUGUUACCAAGAUAAGAUGCAUUAGUUAAAUUAGUUGAAGCUAAACACAGAAUUGAAAAUGAUAAAAUAGAUAACAUUAAACAAGAACUCAAACUUCCUCUUUAUAUUAGAAAUGCUAUUACAAGAGAUAGAAGAAUUUUUGAAUCAUUUGAUUAAUUGAAAGAGAAGUGGGAAUCUGUUAAUAAUAAAAUUGCAUCAAAUUGUUAAAGAUCUCCUACUGAAACUAUAUUGAUUAGAUCAGAUAAUUAUAGAGAUAGAAAUAUUAAAUUAAAUAUUAUUGAAUCUUAGAAAAAUGAGGAUGAAAAAAAUAAUGAUAGAUUAUGGUAUCUUAGAUUAAGAUGGUAUGAUUGUAAGAAUGAUAGACCUCCAUUUUCAUUAAUAACUACAUAAAGACCUAAAAGUAUUCCCAUGACUAAUAGAUUAAUUAAUAGAUAUGUAAAAGAUUACAAUGCUGAACAUUUAAAUUAAUAAUAAAAUUUUGUAUUGGCAGAUAUAUAGAGUAAUUUCAACACAAAAGUUAUUGAUAAUCCAUAUUAAUAGGUUGAAAAAGUUAUACCAAAUAGUAUGAAUAUUUAAAAAAUUUAGCAAAAAAUUUCAAUUUGUAUAGUAAAAAAUUAAACUAAUAAUUUGAUGAAAAAAUAAAGAAUAAAUCAAAAAAGAAAUAUGUAGAUACAAAUGAAUAUUUGGAACUUAUAGGUGAAAAUAUUUAUAAAAAAGAAUUAAAUUUUAUAAUGAAAGAAUAAUAAUAGGAAUACUAAUAUUUUGAAGAAAAACAAGAUGAAGAAGAAGUAUAUGUUGAUAAUUGGAAUAAUUAAUAAUUAUCUAAAAUGAGUUAAUAAUUAAUAUAACAUAUCUGA